UGUAAGGGGGAGGCUAGUACCAGUCAGUCUCCCCAACUGCCAACCUCACCUGCUCGUGGUGCACCCUGCAGAUGGACCGACGAGGCUCUGGCGACCGACGAAUGGCGGUAUAUCCAUUCCCACAGGCUAGAUUACGAAAUGCCUCAGGCCGGUGUCGGGCAGCAGCGACACCGGCGCGAGUAAUCUAGCACUGCGCUGACCAACCCGCAUGCCCAGCGUGGUCAGUACUGGGCAAAACUUAGUAUGGACUACAAAAACAUAACACAGCCCCUAGUCCCCGGCAGCCCCGCUAUUCCUGGCUCUGGCAGCGGUUACGGUAACGGCGGGGCAAGGGGUGUUAAGAAUCUCCGGCAGAGAUUCCGCUGCCAACCCCGACGACUAGACCUGGCAACAUAUAACGCACGCACUUUGAGGUCCGACGAGAAGGUCAUCGAGCUGGAAGAAGUUAUGAGCAAGUUGCACUGGGAUGUCAUAGGAUUGUCUGAAGUCCGAAGAGAGGGGGAGGGCUCGAUAAUCCUUGAAUCCGGCAACAUGCUCUACUACCGGGAGGGCGACCAACAGUCCCAGGGUGGUGUCGGAUUUAUCGUUCACAAGUCCCUCGUGAACAAUGUUGUAAAAGUCGAGAGUGUGUCGAGCAGGGUAGCGUUCCUGGUCCUCCGAAUCACCAAACGGUAUUCGUUGAAGGUUAUACAGGUUUACGCACCGACCUCAACACAUCCCGACGAGGAGGUAGAGGUAUUGUAUGAGGAUAUUUCUAAAGCCAUACAUGCCUCAAACUCUUAUUACAAUGUUGUGAUGGGGGAUUUUAACGCAAAGCUGGGCGAACGUAGCGGUUCAGAGUUGAAAGUGGGACGAUUUGGAUAUGGGCAACGGAACGAUAGGGGCCAAAUGUUGGCUGACUUCAUGGAGAAGGAGGGCCUCUUUAUGAUGAACUCCUUCUUCAAGAAGCCACCACACAGGAAAUGGACCUGGAUGAGCCCCGAUGGUUCCACGAAAAAUGAGAUUGACUUCAUCUUGUCUACCAGACGGCAAAUAUUCAACGAUGUUUCUGUGAUCCAUAGGGUGAAAACCGGUAGCGAUCACCGAAUGGUUAGAGGCACGUUGAAUAUCAACGUUCAGCUGGAACGGUAUCGACUGGUGAAGUCUACGCUCCGACCUACUCGUGCCCAUAUUCAAGACCCCGAGUCCUUUCAACUAGAACUGCAGAACCGCUUCGAUUGCCUAGCAAAUUGCGAAACUGUGGACGAUCUGAACAACAGGUUCCUGGAAACUGUCCAUUCCGUUGGGUCUAAGUUCUAUAAGACCCACCGUACGAAAAGAACCAAAAAAUUCUCAGACCAUACACUUAAACUCAUGGAAGAGAGGCAAGAAAUGAGAUUACAGUCUUCAGCAGAUGCGUCAAAUUACCGACUGAUCAGUAGACAGAUCUCUAAGCCGCAAACCAGCGACUUGCGAAACUUCAAUACCGAGCGUAUCAAAAAUGCGAUUGAAAACAAUCGAGGCUCAAAAGUUUUCGCCAGAGAUCUGUCUAUUGGACAGACGCAGCUGACGCGUUUGAAGACCGAGCACGGUAAUCUGAUUUCUUCCAAGCCCGAGUUAUUAAGUGAGGUCGAGAAGUUCUAUGGACAGCUAUACACGACUACUCAGCAGCCUGUUGACAACUUGGCUAAAGACCCCAGAGCCAAGUUGACCCGACACUAUACCGAAGAUAUCCCGGACGUCAGCCUAUACGAGAUUAGUGUGGCUCUCAAACAACUGAUGAUAAUAGGAGGCCUGGUGUCGGGAGUAUUACGAGCAUAUCGCCGGGCCUGCGCGCCUUAUAAACCGACCGCCGUAAAAGAUAAAUUGCUCGAACGUAACGGAAUGAUAUCGUCUCGUCACGCGCCUAUUGACUCGGAAAUUGUGAGGCUCUAA